ACAAGAAAGAUGCUUACUGAGUAAGGUGGGAUCCAACAAGAGUGUAGUACAGAAUGCAAUAAUUUAUGAAUUACUUUGUUCUAAGGUAGCUCAAUAGAACAACACUUAAUGAAGAAAGGCAAAUGUUUACCUGUCUGGUACAUUUGUGAUUCUUGAUUAAUUAUUACUUGAAGAAUGUUUGAAAUUCACCAAUUUUAGAAAUGGAAGAAAGUGAUGAGCCUGAUCAGCCUAUCUCAGCAGGGAGACAAGAAAUUCGAAAGAGAAGACGACCCAGCCAACCAAUGGUAGACAAAUCACAGCAGACUGAAGUGACAGAGAAAAAGAAACACUUGCCUAUAUCACAAUCAUCUGGGCCUAAAGCUACCCUUAGUAUUGGUAAUAUUCCUGGAACCAAAGUCAACUAUGAGUCUCUCAGAGUUUCUUCUCAACUUCAGCAAACUUGGACAAAGAGAAAGCGUGUACAGGAUAUGACUGAUAAAUCUCUGCAAACAGAUGCAACUGUAGAAGAGAAAAAAGAAGAAAUCAAGUCAGUUGGUGAAACAGUGGUACCUGAAGAAAAGCCAGCUGCUGUUGAAGAGGAAGUCCCUGAAUUUCCAGAGAGUGUUCAGGAAGUAGAAAUGCCACCAAGCAGACAUUCAGUUCAAUUCAAAAUAGACAGAUCUCAGCAGACCAGUUGUACUGGAGACUGGACAAUGAUGAACAUUCCUCAAAAAGAGAAAGUGGACAAGGAACAACAGACGUACUUUAGUGAAACAGAAAUAGUGGUUAUUGGCAGGCCAGAUAGCUCUUUAUCAAAGUCAAAUGAAGUUGUGCAAGAACAUAAAUCUUCAGGGAAGAUUUUUCUUAGUGAACAUCCUGAAUUGCAACCCUCAACAAGUAAAGAUGAAGCAAUUGGGAAGAUUAAUAUCAACAGAUUUCUAUUUAGUCAACAAAGCAAAAAAGGUUCUUUGGAACUUUCAGAAGAUGAGCAGUAUGUUCUUGGUGAAAUACAGCCUCCCAUUGCAGAAGAGAUCUCUGCUGAAGUGCAACCUCCACCAGCUGAGAAAAUUACAGAAGACUCCCCUCCUGAACUUUAUUCUCCACCAAUUGAAGAACCUCCGGCAGAAAAGGGCCCUGCUAAAGUAGAGCCCACCUUGGGUGAAGAGGCUCUUUCAGAAGGGCCUCCUGCUGAAGUUCAGUAUCCAAAAGUUGAAGAAGUUCCUGUUGAAGUACAACUUUCCCCAGCUGAGGAGACUCCUACAGAAGAAGCCUCUGCUAAAGUAGAGUCUAUCCCUGCUGAAGAGGCUUUUUCAAAAGAGGCUUAUGUUGAAGUUCAACCUCAAUCAGCUGAAGAGCCUUCUACACAAGAGGCUUCAGAACUUCAGUUUUCAUCAGCUGUGGAGGCCCCUGCAGAAGAGGCCCUAGCUGAAGUUUCAUCUACACCAGCUGAAGAGGGCCCUGCAGAAGAGGCUCCAGCUGAAGUUCAGCCUCCACCAGCCAAGGAGGUCCCCUCUGAAGAAGCUCUAGCUCAAGUUCAGCCUCUACCAGCUGAGAUGCCUCCUGAAGUUCAGUCUCUACCAGCUGGAGAGACCCCUGCAGAAGAGGCUCCAGCUGAAGUUUGGUCUACAUCAGCUGAAGAGAGCCCUGCAGUAGAGGCUCCGGCUGAAGUUCAGCCUCCAUCAGCCAAAGAAGACCCCUCUCAAGAGGCCCCAGCUGAAGUUCAGCCUUCACCAGCUGAGGAGAGCCCUGUAGAAGAGGCCCCAGCUGAAGUUUGGUCUCUACCAGCUGAGGAGGCUCCUGAAGAAGAGGCCCCCGCUGAAGUUUGGUCUCCACCAGCUGAGGAGGGCCCUGAAGAAGAGGCCAGAGAUGGAAUUUGGUCUCCACCAGCUGAGGAGGCUCCUGAAGAAGAGGCCCCCACUGAAGUUUGGUCUCCACCAGCUGAGGAGGGCCCUGAAGAAGAGGCUGGAGAUGGAAUUUGGUCUCCACCAGUGGAGGAGGCUCCUGAAGAAGAGGCCCCUGCUGAAGUUUGGUCUCCACCAGCUGAGGAGGGCCCUGAAGAAGAGGUUCCAGCUGAAAUAAAGUUUCCACCAGCUGAGGAGGGCCCUGUAGAAGAGGCUCCAGAUGGAAUUUGGUCUCCACCAGCUGAGGAGGCCCCUAAAGAAGAUACCCCAGCUGAAGUUUGGUCUGCACCAGCUGGGACAUCCCUUACUGAACUUCAGCAUCCAUCAGUUGAAGAAACUACUUUAGAAAUGGUCCCUGUCAACAAACAGUUUCCAGCAGCUAAAGAGGACUUUAUUACACAAAUCUCUGUAGAAGAUGUCCCUGCUGAAGUUCAGCCUCCACCAUCUGAACACGUUGCUGCAAAUGAGGCUUUGGUAGACCAUAUGUCUACCGGCUAUCAAUAUACCCAGACAACAGAUGUCCCAGUGGUAAAAUUAGAAUCACUGGUUUUGGAAGAUCAGCAAAAACCUGAAGAGCCUUUGGAACUGGAUCCUGCCCCUGAAGAUUUGUCUAAUAUCAAUAAAGAACAGGUCCCCACCUAUGAAAUUGAGGGAGUCCUUCAUGUAGAAAUAAAAUAGGGGCCUCUUCCUCAGCUGUAAUCAGGUCUUAACUAAGCUAGCAAUCAGAAGCUAGGGGCUUCUGGACAUAUGCACUUUAGAAAAGUAUAGGCAUUUGGAAGUAGCUUUGUGAACAGGGAAAUAAAAGGAAGCCCCAAGAUGUGGACCACUGGCUGGAAAAUGAACAAUAAAAACUA